GGAGUAGAGACUGACGGACUGGCAGGAAUUCCUCAGCGCUCCUCAAAUUUCUUGAAAUCUCGGUAAUUCAGCUCGACCGCGUCCCGACAAAUAUCCAGACCAGCACCCCAUUUCCGAGCAGAUUUCCCAGCCGGAUAAAAAUGAUGUUCCGAAGUGUGGCCGUGCUCCUUCUGCUCGCUGUGGCUCUGUCUAACGGGGAGGAAACGCAGAGCAAGAGCAAAGUGUGCGCCAAUGUGUUCUGCGGGGCCGGCAGGGAGUGUGCCGUGAAUGAGAAGGGGGAGCCUAGCUGUCUGUGCAUAGAGAGCUGUAAGCCCCACAAGAGGUCAGUGUGUGGCAGCAAUGGUAAGACCUACAGGAAUCACUGUGAGCUCCACAGAGAUGCUUGUCUUACUGGCUUGAAGAUCCAAGUGGCACAUGAUGGACACUGCAAGGAAAAGAAAACAGAACAGGCCGCUGCCAGCCCAGUGGUAUGCUAUGCUGCUGACCGCAACGAGUUAAGAACUCGUGUGAUCCAGUGGCUGCAAACUGAGGUUGUCCCAGAUGGCUGGUUUGUCAAGGGAUCCAACUUCUCUGACAUCCUGCUCAAAUACUUCAAGUCAUAUGACAAUGGCGAUUCUCAGCUGGACUCCUCAGAGCUGCUCAAAUUCAUCCAGCACAACGAGUCGGUUGUGGAGUUGCAGUCCUACGCGGACCAGGAGAGCAACAACCUGCUCAGGAGCCUGUGCGUUGACGCCCUCAUUGAGCUCUCCGAUGAGAAUGCCGACUGGAAGCUGAGCUUUGAUGAGUUUCUUAACUGCCUGAAGCCCGGCUUUAAUCCACCAGAGAAGAAAUGUGCCUUGGAGGAUGAAACAUUUGAGGAUGGAGCAGAGACCCAGGUGGAGUGCAACCGGUGUGUUUGUGCGUGCGGUAACUGGGUCUGCACUGCUAUGACCUGCACUGACAACCAGCCAGCUGUGGAUGACUCAGCAGAUGCUGGAGCAGAGAUGACUGAGGAGGAGUGGAACCUCCGUGUGGCUGAGCUCAACAAGCACCAGGAAACAGUCGAGAAGAUGAAGGCCAGCACAAAGGAGGCCUAAGUCAGGAUGCAAUGAAAGAAGAGGAUGCACGCCAUCAUCCUUCUUCCAUACUUGAUUUACCUUGUGUGUUAAACUUAUGUUAUCUUGUUUCUCUGCUCUGUUAAUUAUUAUCCUUUUUUUUUUAAUUUUAUGAGUUUUUUUUUUUUGUUUUUUUUUACAUUUUUCAGUGUUUGUGUUGAUGUUUGUUAGUUUCAGGGCAAUCAAAGAGUACCAUUGGAUUCCCUCGUGUUGCGUACUGUCACGUUUGAUUGUAUUACUGCUCCCCUGCUCUAGCCUUGGGGUUGUUUUCACUAUAGUCCUUAUAUUUUUUGCAGUUAUUAUGAAAAGAAAACUGUCAAGUUAUCACUGUUAUGGAAUAUGGAAGUCACUGUUUGAGAAGAUAGUGAGGUUGGGGGCUGUUGAAAUAUAGGAGCUGUCUGAGUACACAGAAAGCUGACUGCUUGCCACCUAGUACACCCUCAUGUCACGAGGUUGCACAAGAGGGUAGAGCUACUGGUGCUUUUAAGUUUUGUUGCCUAUAGAACUGCCACAGUAGGCCACUACCUGACCAUUGCACUUCUCUGUUUCUCUUUAGCUUUCUUAGGCUUUAGUGUACCCACAAGGAUGGAUUUAUUUGUAUCUUACUGCUAAAGUAAUAACCUUGCUACCAAAAAUGUUUGCUUCUAUAUACAUUAUGUUAUUGGCUUGAGUUGGAGCUCAUCUUGUUCCCAUGUUAUACUUAGGCGAGUCUCUCUGGUGCUUUUUGGUUAAACAUUUCCCUGUUUGUGUGUCUUACUUUUCUGAGACUUAGUGGUCCAGCUUUCAGUGAGACCUGAUCUGAAUAUAGCAUGGUGAAAACUGAAACCAAAGUCUAGAUGAAGCGUUUGAAUGAUGUGCAAAACUAUCCAGGUAAAACAUUACUCUGGACCCAGCAACAACACUAUACCUGUGCUUUCAAAAAUCACUCUUAACAGAAGGACUAGCCUCACUGUCAGCUGAAGUAGCUUAGGCGCGUCGAUAACUUAGUGCAUAUGAAAUGAGUGCGUGUGUGUCUGUGUUUGUGGGAUUUGAAAAUAUGACGCUGAGAGUAGCUCGAUUUGUUUAAUGUGUUCAUUUGUUGAAAUCUUGUAUCUGAAUUGGGAUGUUUCAACAACAAAAAUUAGUGCCUUAGACCUGCAAACAGUACAGGUCACUACCAUUGCCUUCACAUAGGCUUUGUUUUUUUUUGCCACGUGGCAUUUCAAGAACGAGUGUGUGUGCUUUGAUGAAGAUAGCAUUAAACUAGUGCUUUGUGACUAUGCCCUGUGUGUGUGAAAGUCGCAUUACUGGGUUGAAGCUCAAUCUUUAUAUUCCACUACAAGUACAGAGACUGUAAGGAAUGUGUAUGUAUGCCAAUAAAGCCCAUUCACCACAACA